AUGACUCUUCAGGAAACCAGUUCUGACAGCCAGGCGCUGGCCGAUUCCCUGUUACUCGAAAAAAUUGAUAAGCUAUUUGCGUGUAACGUGGGACAAUACAUCGGCCUCCCUCAGAUCGUGGUCGUUGGUGAUCAGUCCAGCGGCAAGAGUUCAGUCUUGGAAGGCUUGACCCGCUUGAGCUUUCCGCGCGACAGUGGCCUGUGUACCAGAUUUGCCACGCAGAUAGUCUUUCGGCGUGAUUUGAUAUUGACUCAGCGGCAGAUUUCUGUUUCGAUAAUCCCUGCAUCCGAUACAGACGCAGCCGCGAAAGAGGAACUUGCGAGAUGGAGUUCUUCGGGGAUUGCGACACUUAGUGACGAAGGCUUUUCUCAGAUGAUGACCGAGGUGCAUCAAAUAAUGGGACUUUCUGUCUCUAAUGGAGAUGGGCUACCGACAUUCUCUAACCAUGUGCUUCAACUUGAAAUACGGGGUCCUCAAGAGAACCAUCUCAGUGUUAUUGAUGUUCCUGGUAUCUUCUCGGCCCACAAACCUGGACUUACUACAAAGGAGGACAUAGUCCUUGUGCGAGAAAUGGUUCUCCGCUACAUGAAAAAUGAACGAUCGAUUAUGUUGACUGUGGUACCUGCAAAUGUGGAUGAUGCUACGCAGGUGAUCAUUGAGAUGGCUCGUGAGCUGGAUCCCGAGGGAGAAAGAACAUUGCAAGUUUUGACCAAACCUGAUCUUGUUGAUGAGGGAGCGAAGGACAAAGUGGUUGAGAUGGUUGAAAAUGCAACUAAUGGCCUCGGGUGGAUUGUUCUUCGAAACCUGGGACAAGCACAGCUAAGCCAUGCUGAUAUCGACCGAGACAGGCAAGAGGAGGUUUUUUACCAAACCUCCCCCUGGAAUCGUCUCCGUGUGGAGAACUUUGGUGUCAAGGCGCUGAGGAGCCGCUUGCGGGAAGUCCUGACCGCUAGUGUGCGUCGUGCGUUUCCAUCAGUUCGUGCUGAAGUGAUAAAAAAGCUUAACCAGGCUAAGGCGGAUCUAAAAUCCCUCGGCAAAGAGCGAGAAACCCCAGAACAGCAGAGGGGGUUUCUUCUGGACAUCAUUUCGGAUUUCCAGGAGUUAACCCAGCUAGCUCUCACCACAAACUAUGGCGCACGGGACGUCUUUGAGAAAAAGGAAUCUCUAAGACUGGCUACUUCGGUCAUCAAUCGAAACAUCACUUUCGCGGAUGAGAUCUUAACCAAGGGACACAGGUUUUCUUUUCAAACCAAUUAUAAGGAUGAUAAUCGCACCGAGUCUCCUACUAUUUCUGACGAGGAAGAUGGAUCCGACAGAGAUCGAUAUUCGAGCAAUGAAGAGCAGUGUGUCUUGAGUCGAAAUACCGACUCAUGCGAAGACCUUCAAGAAAUUUUGCAUGAAAAUGUUGAGAUACAACUACCAUCUGCAAAAGGAGUUCUAGAUUGGAUCCAAGCUCAACAUCAUCAGUCCAGAGGGUUCGAAGUCGGAACAUUCAGUUCUUCCUUGAUCGCGACUUUGAUGAAGAAACAAUCUAUGAAAUGGUCGGCACUUUCCAUGGGCUACAUUAGCGAUAUCAUUGUGAUUGUUCACAGAUUCAUACAAGAGAACCUUCGUACUGCUUGUGAUGAUUCAAGAUUAUGCUCGAGCAUCAUUUCUCUUUUGAUGGACUCCUUAAUGGACAAAUACCGACAAGCGUUGUCCAAAGCUGAGUUUUUGCUGAGGAUUGAACUAGAGGGAACCCCGAUGACCAUGAACCAUUAUCUAAAUGAUAAUAUGCAAAUAUGUCGUCAAAAGCGCAUGCGGUCUGCUAUGUCCAAGCAUGUUAUAGAAUACAGUAAUCAUGGCAAGUGUGUCAGGUUGAGUGAUAUCAUACAGCAAACUCCAAUGAACAAUACCGACCAUACUGUCAAGGACUUGCAUGACAUUUUGCAUGCCUACUACAAAGUGGCUCUCAAGAGGUUCAUUGACAAUAUCUGCAUGCAAGCCGCAGAUUACCACUUGGUCACCGGACCUGAAGCCCCAAUGAAGUUGUUUUCACCUGCAUGGGUGAGCAGUCUUCCAGAAGACAAGUUAGAGGAGAUAGCCGGAGAAGAGAAGAGUACCAGGCGCAGACGGCGACAGUUAAGGAAGCAGAUAGAGGAGCUGGAGGCUGGACGUAAGGGGUUGAUCUGA